CUUGCUGAGAGGCAAAUACAAAGGCGCUUUAGUGGUGCAAAAAAGGCUUUCCACCUGUUCUCACGACACACGAGAAAAACAGAACUCAACAGCAGCAUGAAGUUUAUAAUUACUCUAGGUGUGCUCCUGGUCUCUGUCCACAUUGGAAGCUCAUUUCUGAUUGGAGCAUUUAACAUCAAAUCCUUUGGGAACUCAAAAGUGUCUAACGCCACUCUGCUUGACAUCAUUACCAAGGUGGUGCACCGGUAUGACAUCAUACUCAUUCAAGAAGUGCGAGACAGUGACCUCUCCGCAACAUCUAAACUGAUGGACAGUGUGAAUGGAGGCUCCUCGCCGUAUCAAUAUGAUUACAUUGCCAGUGAGCCAUUGGGUAGGAACACAUACAAAGAGAGAUACCUCUUUGUUUACAGGAGUGAGUCGGUGUCUGCCGUAAACAGUUUCCAUUAUGAUGAUGGAUGUGAACCGUGUGGAACAGACACAUUCAACAGAGAACCAUUUGUGGUGAUGUUCUCUUCUAAAACAGCUGUCCGAGACUUUGCUCUCGUUCCUCAACACACAUCCCCAGAAGUGGCUGUGCAGGAAAUCGAUGCUCUGCAUGAUGUCGUCUUGGACACUAGACAGCGUCUGAACACAAAUAACAUCAUGCUUUUGGGAGACUUCAAUGCUGGCUGCAGGUAUGUUUCCAAUUCAGCUUGGGCCAAUAUCCGGCUCCGCACUGACCAGAGUUACACCUGGCUCAUCCCAGACAGUGCGGACACCACCGUCACACACACAAACUGCCCUUAUGACAGGAUCGUGGCGACUCCUGACAUGAUGAGAGGAGUGGCUCCAGGAUCAGCGCAGGUCUUUGACUUCAUGGAGGCUCAUGGAUUGAGCCAGGACUGGGCACUGGCAGUAAGCGAUCACUUUCCAGUUGAGGUCAAGCUCAUGUGAAAUUCCUUUUCCAUUUUCUUGCGGCAGAUUUACAGUGAGUGACAUGUAAUGCUGAGAUACACUUAUUGAAAAAUAAAUCCUCUUUUAAUAAUUGUAAAAGAAACAAAUUGUACAAAUGAUUAUAAUCACUGAUGUGCUGCUGAAGAAACAUGUACAACCCCAAGUGAUUUCUAAAUUUACUUGCAUUUCAUUGAAGAUAAUGAUUUAAUGCAUGUUAUUUAAUGUGUUUAAACAAACAUGUAUUCCAAUUUUGGUUCUUGCAACACAUUUAAAAAAAGUUGGAACAAUAAAGCAUUUACCACUU